AUGUCGUUUCUUCAAACUUUCCAUCCCGAUCCCGAGUUCCGCCAGCAGCCCCGAUCUAAGCCGGCUGAAGCUCUCCGCACAUCGAGUGCUGCAAGCGCCACUGCGACCACACACGUCACUACCGACACCCGUGACCCUGGCCCUCCACGCUUUCGCAUCCAAGAGGUCCGAAAACACGGCCCUGACUCGGAAAACCCCUGGAUCAUCCACGGCGACAAGGUCUACGACAUCACAGACUGGGUUUCUGCCCACCCUGGCGGUCAAGUCAUCCUCCGGGCCGCCGGCGGAUCUAUCGAACCCUACUGGGACAUCUUCUCCAUCCACAAGAACCAGUAUGUCUACGACAUUCUGUCACAGUACUUCAUCGGCUAUGUUGAUCAGGCCGACCUGGUCGAUGGCAAGCCAGCCCAAGAGCAAAUCGAGGAUCCUUUCGCAGACGAUCCACAAAGACACCCCUCGCUCAUCACCAAGACUUCCAAGCCCUGCAAUGCCGAGACGCCUGGCGACGCCCUGAGCGAUCGCUUCCUCACUCCAAACGAGCUCUUCUACGUGCGCAAUCACAUGUGGGUUCCCAAAGUGGACCAAGCCGCCUCGGACGCCCACAUCCUUACAGUCGAGCUCCUCGAUGGCACCGUCAAGCAAUACACCCUCCAAGAUCUCAAGGCGAGGUUCCCGAGCCGCAAAAUCACUGCCGCUUUGCAGUGCUCGGGUAACCGGAGAAAACACAUGGGCCAAGGCUCUGGUCGUCUCGCUAACGGUCUCCAGUGGACCGCCGGUGCAAUCUCCAAUGCAUCUUGGGAGGGCGUACUCCUCUCAGAUGUCCUCGCCGAUGCCGGCUUCGAUAUUGGCGAGGGCCUCAGGGGCUCGAGCGCGACUAAGCACGUCCAUUUCUCCGGGAUGGAAGCUUACGGCGCCUCCAUCCCCCUCAAGAAGGCCAUUGACCCCCAAGGUGACGUUUUACUCGCUUAUUCCAUGAAUGACACGCCAUUGCCUCCGGACCACGGAUUUCCCUUGCGUGCUAUUGUUCCUGGCCACGUGGCAGCACGGUCUGUCAAGUGGCUUAGCCAAAUCACGUUGAGCGACGAAGAGAGUACGAGCCAAUGGCAACGGCGGGACUACAAAUGCUUUGGUCCCAACGAGACCAAGGUCGACUGGGACGCGGCUCCUGCCAUCCAGGAAAUGCCUGUCCAAAGCGCCAUCACAGGGUUGAAGAUGAGAGGAUGGACGACCAAGACGGGGACGGAGUGCGCUGAAGGCGACUCGCGGAAUGCAAAGGAAGCAGCCCAGAUGGUGUCCCUGAGCGGCUACGCAUUUUCAGGUGGCGGUCGCUCCAUCGUCCGUGUCGACCUAUCCCUCGACGGCGGCCGCUCCUGGACUCAGGCUCAACUCCUGCCUGACUGUGCCAGUGAGGACGAAUCUCCGUCGCCGUGUCAGGGACACGGGACGUGGACCUGGAAACGGUGGCGACAUGACGGCACAAUCCCGCUCGGCGCCUUCCGGGAGCUCUUGGUCAAGGCAACCGACGAUGCAUACAAUACCCAGCCAGAGAGCCACGCCGCCACCUGGAACUUGCGAGGGAACCUGGCCACCGCCUGGCACCGCAUCCAGAUAUGCGUCGACUGCGGCGCGUUCGCCACCAAGGCCGCCCGAGAUGCAGAGGCCAAGCCAGAUGCCUGA